GCGGACUGUCCCCCACACCCGCCCCAGCCUGCCUGGCUGGCCAGCUGGGAGGACAAGCCAGUGCGUCCAUCGUCGGCCACGGCCGUUUUCAUGCUUGCUGCCGCUUUCGUUUUGAUUCUUGCUUGUUCCACAACCUCUGCCAUAUCUGGCUGGAAUCCGACCGACACCAACAGUCCGGCAUCGUUCACCGUUCAAUGUCGUUCCACGACGUCGUGUCUCGUCCCCAUCGCUGAGAUCCUGCCUGUGUCGCGGGGGAGUCGAGACACCAAGGCGACGAAACCAGCUGUCGCCAUUGACGGAAACGAAACGAGCCAACUUUCCACCGCCCUAAACUGGUCUGGUCGUUGCCCGCAUCCCUCGAACUCGACAUCCAGUGGUGGCCUUGUCAACCGUUGACGUAGGGCUCGCUCCCCUUUGAAUAGGGGCUUCUACGCACGCACACAGUACGACCAAGCCGAAGCCACAGACGGUCCGACCAUUCACCAGCUCCUUUUCCCGCCCCAUUUGGCCGUGUCAAACGCUGUCCAAGUGUUGUGUGUACCGUGUGAUUUUCCCUACUGCGACUUGUCACCCAACCUUCAUCUCGGCCAAGCCCGGCAUCCGAGGAACUUUGCGUCCAACAGCUAGUGUCUCCUGAGAACGACCAGGUCCCGGGCUCUGCUCCCAGGAGAGUUAGCCUUCGAAAGCUUGGUCUCCCCUCACAUCGACGUGUUCCUUUCUGUACCCGUCGCUCUUCAUUCACUGCUGCUCGACAUCGGCAUCUCCCUUGAGCCUAUUGUCCCUUUCUUGCCCCUGGCCGCAAGGAUUGCCGCUACGCCAUCGAUUCCCUGAGCCGCUCGGCCGAUCCUCACUCGCAAUGUGGGGUGGGCGGAGAAGUUGUUGCUGCUUGGCAGCCUCGCUUCUUGGCCUUGCUGGCGCCUACAAGCUUGACCCGAACUCCACAGACUCGAUAAAAAGUGUCUCGAGGUCAAUAACAGACGACUUGAUCAACACAUUCUACACUGGCCACCGGCCUGGAAACACACCAGGCACCCUCCCACCCCCGUAUUACUGGUGGGAGGGCGGCGCCUUGAUGGGCGCCUUGAUUGACUAUUGGUACUACACUGGCGACACCAAGUUCAAUGAUCUCACAUCCCAGGGCCUGCUCGCGCAGGUCGGCGAGUUCAACGACUACAUGCCCAAGGCGCAGAUCAUGAACGAAGGCAACGACGAUCAGGGGUUUUGGGGGGUCGCUGUCAUGGCGGCGGCCGAAUACAAAUUUCCAGACCCUCCCAAAGACAAGCCUCAGUGGCUGGCGCUGGCACAGGCCGUGUUCAACACGCAGGCGUCCCGAUGGGACAACCAGCACUGCGGCGGUGGGCUUCGGUGGCAGAUCUUCCAGUGGAACAACGGCUACGACUACAAGAACACGAUAUCACAAGCGUGCUUCUUCAACAUCGCCGCGCGGCUCGCGCUCUACACUGGUAACAACACUUAUGCGGAAUGGGCCGACAGGGUGUGGGACUGGACCUAUGCCGUGGGCUUCAUCGACGAACAAAGGUACUGGAUCUACGACGGCGCCCACAUACCCAACAACUGCACCAACAUUGUACCAUAUGUGUGGUCCUACAACUCGGGUGCCUUCAUGCACGGAGUCGCCGCCAUGUACAACUUCACGACGGGCGCCCGCCGCGAAAUCUGGCGAGACCGUCUCGACAGGCUCGUCAACGCCUCGUCGGUCUUUUACAACGGAACCAAUAACGAGAUCAUGUCCGAGGUGGCCUGCGAGCCGGUGGGGCUGUGCAAUGUCGACCAGCAGUCGUUCAAGGCAUAUCUGGCACGAUGGAUGGCGGCAACGACCAAGUGGGCGCCUUGGACCGAGAGCAGGCUCAUGCCGCGACUGCGCACGACGGCCGUCGUGGCUGCGAGUCUCUGCACCGGGGGCAGCAACGGGCGCAUGUGCGGACACAAGUGGUAUGAGGGCACCCACGACGGCCUGAUCGGACUUGGCCAACAGAUGUCGGUCAUGGAGGUUAUCGUGGGGCUCAUGGCUGGACAGGUCGGCGCGCCUGCCACGGAUAAGACCGGAGGCACGUCGCAGGGCGACCCGUCUGCUGGCGGCAACGAUAUGGGAUUCAAGGAACCGGGGUCAAUCAAGCACGACCUGCCUCCCAUAACAGAGAAGGACCAGGCCGGCGCAUACAUCCUGACGGUGGCCGUGCUGCUUGGGCUCUUUCUCGGCAUCGCAUUUGUCCUCGCCAACGAGACGGACGAGCGUACAUUCCCCGAGCAGUGGUCGGCCAUGCGCUCGUCCCUAGCGGGUGACAAGAUGAAGAUGGCCAUGGCAUCUGCCGCUGCCGCGACAGCUGGGGUCCUAAAGAAGAAGAAGGCAUCGUCAAAGAACCCCGAAGGCGGCGCAGAGGGCAAGGACGGCCAAGGGGGCGCUCUCUCAGAGAACCAAGCUAGUAUCUGGAAUUCGGCCAUGGCGGUCGACGCCCGGGAGAAGCGAGCCAGCCGUCUCAGCGUCAUGGAGUCGUCAUCCCGCGCCACCCGUUUCAGUUCAGGUGGUCCUGGCGGGAGCCAGAACGCUUCCAUGGAGGACGCGUCGUCGCCACAUCCUGAUAUGCAACAGAAACGACAUGUCCAGUCGGCGUCUGCAAGGUUGUCAGAUGACCCGGAGCUGGGACUGUCCCCCCUGACGAUUGACCUUGCUCAAGGGUCAGACUCGCGGCAACCACCGGCCGCUGCUGGCUUCCAUCAGUCGGCCUCCCAACAGCUCGAAAACAAUGCAGAUGCCGGGCCUUCAAGCAGGAAUGUGCUUCACAAGGAGGAAUCAACUUCCGAAAGGCAAACGGGGACGUCGGGCGGCGUGGCCACAUAGUUUGUGGGCCGACGCCGGCUGCGCAAAAAGCGGACUGUCCCUCAAGAUGGGUGAUCGGCUCGAGACGAAGGGAAGAACGGGGCCAAGUCUCUUAAUAGUCUUUGACGAGGUUGUCCUCCCCAACUCGCUCUAUUGUUGCUUUUGCACUUUUUAUUUCUCACUUUUCUCUUUCGGUGGCAUGGACAGAUGGCGCUAGGAGAAACCCCCGAUUUCUUGGACGGAAAAUGAUUUCAGACUAUGGCUACUCCUGGCUAGGAGGACAUGUAUAUAAAGAUUUGCAGCGGUGGAUACGGAUACGAGUGAGAAGCACCUGGUAACAUUUGCAUUCUGGUACUGUCUAGGUUUGCUAUGGCAUGUUUGGCUAUCAAAAAUCGAGAAUGGCAUGAGCAUGAUCCUCGGC